AUGUCCGAAUUUUCUUUCACUGGUGAUGAUUUUCUUUACGCGACGGACAAUCUGGCCCCGAGGGAGACCCGGGCGGGCCCCCACUCCGUGAGGUUUUUCUCCACCGCGAUGUCCCGGCCCGGCCUCGGGGAGUCCCGGUGCAUCAUCGUGGGCUACGUGGACGACACGCAGUUCGGGCUGUUCGACAGCGACUCCCCAGGCCAGAGAGUGGAGCCGCAGGCGCCCUGGGCGGGGCAGCUGGGGCAGGAGGUGUGGGACUGGAGGUCGCAGAUCGCAAGGCACAGCGCACUGUGGUCCCGAGCGCACCUGGACGCCCUGCGCGGCCUCUACAACCAGAGCGAGACCGGGUCUCACACCUUCCAGUGGAUGUCUGGCUGCGACGUGGGGCCCGACGGGCGCCUCCUCCGCGCGUACAGUCAGUUUGCCUACAAUGGCGCCGAUUACCUGGCCCUGAACGAGGACCUGCGCUCCUGGACCGCGGUGGACACGGCCGCUCAGAUCACCCAGCGCCAAUGGGAGGCGCAGGGUGAGGCAGAGAAAUUCAGGAACAAUUUGGAGGACUGGUACUUGUGGUGGCUGCGCAGAUACCUGGAGUACGGGAAGGAGACUCUGCAGCGCACGGAUCCCCCAAGGACACAUGUGACCCACCACCCCACCUCUGAGCAUGAGGUCACCCUGAGGUGCUGGGCCCUGGGCUUCUACCCUGCGGACAUCACCCUGACCUGGCAGCGAGAUGGGGAGGACCUCACCCAGGAGAUGGAGCUGGUGGAGACCAGGCCUGGGGGAGACGGAACCUUCCAGAAGUGGGCGGCUGUGGUGGUGCCUUCUGGAGAGGAGCAGAGAUACACGUGCCACGUGCAGCAUGAAGGCCUGCUGGAGCCCCAGGUCCUGAUAUGGGUGCCCCCUUCUCAGUUUUCCAUCCCCACCGUGGCCAUCAUUGCUGGCCUGUUUCUCCUUGGAGCUGUGCUCACUGGAGCUGUGGUGACUGCAGCUGUGAGGAAGAAGUGGAGGAAGAAGUGCUCAGAAGGACAAGGAGGAAGCUACACUCAGGCUGCAGGCAGUGACAGUGCCCAGGGCUCUGAUGUGUCUCUCAGCCCCUAAAGCAUCUUUUAAAAUGAAUGUGAUAAGGGCUCCUCCCCGGUGGCGCAGCGGGUUGAGCGCAUCUCUGUGAAGCUGUCAGCAGCCACUGCAGCACCAGUUCGAUUACCAGCCAGUCAGGGAGAAUCCCACAUGGUGAGGCAGACCUCUCCUGUCUCUCCCCUGCUCCACUUUCAGUCCGUCUGCCUGUUCUGCUUCCUGCUCUGUCUCUGGUGAACCCUCUCACCCUUCUAUGACUCUGGCCUGUACCCCAGCUCUUAUAUAAAUAAAAAAUAAAAAAAAAUGAUGAAUGUGAUGAGGCUCCUAUUGUUCACACCCUGGACAGCACCUGGUAUUGUGCAGAGUUUGCAUUUUCAGUCUCUCCUGGUUGUCACUGUUCUUAAUUGUGAUAUUGAACAUUUGUUCAUAUUUUUACUUUCCUAUGACUAUAGUUGCUGUUUGUAUGGAAGUUUUGUACAUUUCUACAGAUGAGGUGCUGUUCAUUUAUUACACUAUUUUUGUCUUUAUUAAAAUUGGGUUAUUUCUUUCUGAUCAUUGAGUUUUGGGCAUUAUUUCUAGAUAAAGUCCUUUAUCAGAUUCAUGAUUUGCAAAUGUUUCCCCCAACUCUGUGGCCUGAACUCCUUUACUGAUGGGAAAACAAACACUGUUGCCCAGACAGGAGCAUGGAGAU